AUGGAGCCUCAGGUUCCCUUUGAAGAUUAUGCUAGACCUCGCCCUUUGCGUACCUAUUCCCACAAAGUGCGGACUGCCUCGCCCAGUGUGCUUCCGUUGUUAAGGGCCACACAUUCACCAGCGAGCCUUGCGAAGAAGCAUCAACGUGAACCCGAGCCCGGGAACAAAGACCGCCUCGAUAAUGGUAUAAUACCUGAGGAAGAGACUUUUGCUUACCAAGCUGAGUAUGCAUUCGAGGAAGCAAAUGAGCUAGAAUUCGAACUUCAAUACGCUUCAGAUACUUCCCACAGCCCGGGCGAUUAUGCGACAGAAGAGGAUACCGGCUUGGAGUAUAGCACCGACGAAGACAAAGACGAACGAGGGACCACCGAAGAAUCCAAGACUACUCCUACUUCAUCGGUGAGGUUCAGCAGUGGCACCAAGUACAUACCCAAGACUGUCACAGAUCAGUCCAAUCUCCUGAGACGUCGUCCAUUCUUGCUCUUUGACAAGCUACCACCACGCGGGUUCAAGAGACUGAAGCGCAAGGUUGAAGAAAGCACUACAGCAAGCUUGUCUGCCAAGUACAAGUUCGGCGACGGGUUCUCCAAAGACGAAGCAAAACCAAACGGGCUGGUUCAGUUGGGCUUGCGUCCAACUGCUAAGAGGAAAGCACCUCAAGUUAAGUCAAGAGUGGGUGCUUUGGACUUGACACAGUCCAGCUUCGCAAGUCCUCCCCAAAAAGAUCAUAUUGUGAAUCACAAGAAGAAGACGACGAUGAUGAUGAAGAGGGCCUACGACAACUCUUUUCUCCCUGACCCCAGACAAACCGAACGUCAGAGGAAGAGACGCAAGCUACUGAAGAAGAAGGACAACCCCUUGGAGGACAAGGAACUGCUACCAACCGUUUUGAAACCAAAGAUCAUUCUCGAAAGCGUUAUCUUGGGAAAAUACGCAAAUCAGGUGGAGGGACGACAGCACAUGACUGCUGUACCAGUUUCGGAACAACAACGAAAACAGACACAGAAUUUAAUGGAGAGUGCAUUGGAAGUUGAAGGUGAUGUGCCUAUGGAGGACCAUGAGGAAGAGAAUGAACCCCAAGCGGCCAUUGCUCGGGAGCCAUCUGUUGAGCUUGGUGAGUCUCCGGCAAGGAUGAAUGUCUCUGCACGUUCUUCUCCCAAUCAUCAAGAGACACGCCACCAACAACAAGAGGCUCUUGAAGAGCAAGCAGGUAAUGCAGUUCAAGUACUCACGGAAGAAGGUGGUGAAUGGUAUGUCCAAGAGCAUCUUGAGCAACCUCUUGAACCCUUUUUCGAAAAACCUGUCCAAAAGCCUGCCCAAAAGCCGGUAGAGGAACAAAAAGAGCCGGGCAACAACGAUAAUUCUGGAGCAGACGACCCCAAGACAGCCAUCUUGAAAAAGAGCACCGAUGCCAAGUCUACGCCCAUAACAGAUUUGUCGUCGUCGAAAUGCGGAACUGUAGAUCAGAGCCAGAUUGAUACGACAACAGAUCCCGCCAAACUUACCUCUCAUGAUACGCUGGGGGAACAACACUACCGUCAGAGUCAGAAGAGCCAUCAAGCACAGGUCAAAAUUCAAGGUCAAGAUGCACCGCCAAGUGAAAUGACCUCCCCAGGUUCAGGCUGGGAGACGUACAUCUCGGAGACUGACAUUCGUACUCCUACUCCUCUACGACCUCUGAAUUCGAGAGCGAAAUCUGCAGUUCCUUCCACCUCUCGCGGACCGGAGAAUCCGGGGCUUAAAAGGUCGAACUCUGCGGUAUAG